AGCAAACCUUACUUCUUUUCAUCUUAAUCAUCUUAGCUUUGAAUUAUAAUUGAUUUCCCCCCAUCAAUGGCGGCAACUAGGACUAGUGAGAUGUUGGGUUCGAAAUCUUUUAUUUCUAAUCUUUCCCAUUCAACCUCGUUGUUGAAGUCACGGGAGAGAAGGGCGGUGCAAGUGAGGAAGGUGGUGACGGCUGUUGCCGUGGUUCCCAUGACGACGAGGCUCAUCGAGCUUGAUUCCGUCAGGGCUAUCCCCGAAACCCCGGUGCAGGUCACCGUGUCGGGUCGGGUAACGGUGGGGUACGAUGCGAAGGAGAAGAUGAAGGAGUUGAUGUUUCAAUGGUGGGAUUCUUCUAAAACCACCAUUGAUGCUGAGAGAGGUGUUUCUCUUCAGCUUGUUAGCACUGAUGUUGACCCAAGGACGGGCAAGGCGAAGGUGAGCAAGGAAGCCAUAAUAGAGUGGUCCAGAGAUCUGAACAUAAGUGCCGACAAAUUCAUCACUUACAACGUUGAAUUUGUGGUGGACGUAAACUUUGGGGUUCCCGGAGCUAUUCUCGUCACCAACACUGAUCAAAAGGAGUUGUUUUUAAAGAGCGUCACCAUUGAAGAUUCUCUUCAUUUCGACUGUCAAUCUUGGAUUCAACCACAGAAGAUUAAGCUUCACUCGGAGAAAAGAAUCUUCUUUUCUAAUCAGGCAUUUUUACCAAGCAAAACGCCAGUGGGAAUGAGAGAGUUGAGGAAGAAAGAGUUAAGGGAACUGAGGGGCAAUGGAGAGGGCGUCAGGGUUUCAUCGGAUCGAGUUUAUGAUUACGAUGUUUACAAUGAUUUGGGACACCCUGAUAAAGGAACCAAAUUCGCAAGGCCUGUUUUAGGAGGAGAACGACGACCUUAUCCCAGACGAUGCCGUACCGGACGUCCUCCCACUGAGUCAGAUCCCAAGUCGGAAGCUCGGGCAGACGAGGCCACGCCGAUGUAUGUACCGAGAGACGAAGCAUUUGGAGACGUGAAAAGACAGACAGUGGAUGCUGGAAGCUGGAAAGCGAUGAUGAACAAUCUUUUUCCUUUACUUAAACAUUCAACAGAAGGCGAUGAGGCAGUUAUCUCCUUCGCUGAUAUCAAUAAUCUCUACAAAGAACGUCGAAACCAUUCGCAUCUUAACAAGAUGAUCAGAGAAUCGACGACCGACGCUUUCAAAUUCGACCCUCCGAACAUCGUCUCCAGAGAUGCUUCAUGUUGUUUACUAGACGAUGAAUUUGGUCGGCUAACGCUCGCCGGAAUGAAUCCCUUAAGCAUCGAGAGGCUCCAGGUCUUCCCGCCGGUAAGCAAACUGGAAGCCUCCGUUUAUGGUCCACAAGAGUCUGCUUUGAGAGAACAACACAUCAUCUCUCAUCUGGAUGGCAUGUCAGUAGAACAGGCAAUUGAAACAAAAAAACUGUAUAUGUUGGACUAUCACGAUGCCUACCUUCCAUUUCUCAACAGCAUCAAUGCUCACCCUGAUCGAAAAGCCUACGCAACUCGAACGAUUUUCUUCUUGACUCAGCUGGGAACAUUGAAGCCGAUAGCUAUCGAGCUAAGCCUACCGCCGAUGAACCCUUACACUCCUACGAAACAAGUGAUUACGCCUCCGGUUGAUGCCACUUCUUUCUGGCAAUGGCAAUUAGCUAAAGCCCAUGUUUGCUCCAACGAUUCCGGAGCUCAUGAAUUGAUUCAGCAUUGGUUGAGGACUCAUGCGUGCAUGGAACCGUUUAUCAUAGCAGCACGACGAAACUUAAGCGUAAUGCAUCCGAUCCACAAGCUUCUUCAUCCUCACAUGCGAUACACUUUGGACAUUAACGCCAGAGCUCGUGAGCUUCUCAUCAGCGCCAACGGAUUGAUCGAGUCUCUCUUCUCCACUAAAGAAUGUUCAAUGGAGCUUACAUCUUUUGCUUACAAAAACUGGCGCUUCGACAUGGAAGCCCUCCCUGCAGACCUCAUCCGAAGAGGGAUUGCAGAACCAGACCCGACCGAGCCGCAUGGCAUAAAAUUACUAAUUCAAGACUAUCCAUAUGCCAACGAUGGGUUACUUAUAUGGUCAGCCAUUGAGAGACUGGUUAAGGACUACGUGAACUAUUACUACCCAGAUUCAAUUAGUAUUCGAUCCGAUCCAGAACUCAAUGCAUGGUACUAUGAGUCCAUCAACGUAGGCCAUGUCGAUCUCCGCCAUGAGAUCUGGUGGCCAAAGCUUUCGACCCCGGAGGAUCUCGUCUCCAUCCUAACCACCCUCAUCUGGAUUUCAUCAGCAGAACAUGCCGCUCUUAACUUCGGGCAGUACCAUUACGGUGGAUACGUUCCCGUACGUCCACCGUACAUGCGACGACUAGUCCCGAACCAGGACGAUCCGGAUUACUUGAGUUUCGUAUCGGACCCGGAAGGGUAUUUCUUAUCAUCUUUGCCAAGUUUAAAAGAUAUGACGGUGUUAAUCUCGGUACUCGAGAUCUUAUCCACACAUUCAGCCGAUGAAGAGUACUUGGGGAACAGAAAAGAUCUUUCGACAUGGAAAGGGAACCCACAGAUCACAGAAGCAUUUUACAAGUUCUCAAUGGAGAUGAGGGCAAUUGAGAAGGAGAUUGAAAAAAGAAACAGAGACCCAAAGCUAAGAAAUCGAUGUGGGGCUGGGGUUUCACCCUAUCAGCUAUUGGUGCCGUCUUCGGAACCUGGAGUUUCUUGCAGAGGAGUGCCUAAUAGCAUUUCAAUAUGAAAUUUGAAGAGAUUGAACGACGAAUAUUCAUCUUUUGAAAUUCUUUGUAGGGAAGUAGAAGGAUUAAAGGCCAUCAAUUUCUUGGAGCCAACCAAUACAAAAGCUACAAGGUUGAAGAAUAGUUUAGUAUUUGAGUUGCGC